AUAUUUUUUUUAACAAAAUGGCCGCGUACAUUCUUGUUUAGUGCACUGAAUGUCAUUCAAUUUACCCCCAUAUCUCCUAAUUAUUUCAAUUAGUUUAAAACACUUAGAAAAUGAAGACAUUUUUUACGUUCGGUAAUAUUGUUCUCAAGACUUCAAGCAAGUAUAACAUCCCUUUAAAAAAGGUAUUGAUGGGUGCACUAAUUUUUUUUCACACUCGACCAUUUUUUAAAAAUAGUUUGUCUAGUCUUAGUCUUAGUAAUUUUUAAUAAUAAUAAUUAAAUAAUAAGAUAAAUUAAAUAAUUAUUUAAAUAUUAUAUUAGUAUUAGAUCAUUUGGCCAAAGCAGACGAUUCACGCCAUGGCGUCAUUUACGAGUUUAUUUAACUUGAUAGGUUUAAGUUUAAUUAAGUUAUUAAUUAAGUUAUUUAAUUAAGGGUUAUUAAUUCAGGUCCAGGUUAUUAAUUUUAAUUAGGCCUAAGGAUUGAUUCUGACUUAGUUACUUAGUAAGUAAUUUAAUUUUUAGGGAUAGACUAUACUAAGUAUACUUAUACUAUAUUAUUCUAUAUAAUACUGUAGGCCUUUAGUAAGAGUUUAGGCUUAGGCUGUCUUAGGGUUCAGGUUAGGGGUAGAUUUAGCCUAAAAUUUAGGGUCCAGGUUAGGGAUAGGUUUAGGGUUACCUUUCCCAGCAGGGUAAUGGCAACUAAGAUGGCAGCUGAGGAGUGGAUUGUCUGAAUUUAACAGUCAAUUAAAUAGUAACCUACCUACUUAACUUUUACUGUAAUAAUAUUUAUUAAAUAAAAUUAGCAGAUACACCUAGUUAUUUUAAAUGCCAACCUCUGUCUAUAGUCUAUAGUCACAGUUUAUAGUAUAUAUCACACCCCCUCUCUGCCCUUACAAAUUAUUUGACUAGUCUCUGAACCCUGGCCUGGCCUAAGAAAUUCUUAAACUUAAAGAAUUGUUUGGUGAAAGUGUAGUUAGUCAUGGCAUUGGUUUUGCCAAGAGUCGUCUCACCCUAAGUGCAGUAAAAUCACUUUGGGGAAUACCAACACUUGACUUAGGAUGACAGGACCAACAUUUGAACCUGAACUCUUUUUUUUCUGUGUCAUAAACUAAAUCUGAAUAUCAAUACAGUUAAUAUGAAAUAUGUUAAAUGUGUUUUUAUUAAAAUUCAACUUACAAUGUUCGAACAAAAAUUAAAAAAACAAACUCAUCCUUGCUGAAACCCCAAGAUGAACACCAGAAAAAGAUGUGCACAUUGUUUAAAGUGUUGUUAAAAGUGCUGUCUUGUGAUUGAUUGAAAAGUGAAGUACCUUAUGCUAUUCAGAAUUCAUUUCUAUCAUGUUGCAAAAAGGACAUAUCAACAUAAUUUCUUGGAGAGAGGAGACCCCUCCCCAGUCACACCCCCUCCCUACUUUCAUUACAAAAAUAAGAAACUACAUAAUUUCUGGAGAGGGGAGACCUCUCCUAAAAACCCUCCCCAUACUUUCAAGACAAAAAAUUUUAAAAAAUAUAUUUCACAUAAAUACAAAGCUAACAAUCAAAAUCUUUUAAAUACUGAACUAUGGCUGGUAGUUGACUUGGGCAACCUCCAUGACCUAUAUACCAUGGAAGGCAUCGCCGGCCCUACCACUAACUGCAUUUUAGCAGCAUUGUUUUACUAAAUCUUGUACCCCUGACCAAAGUAACAAUGGCCAUACCUUUCCCAUCUUAUCCCACAAGGAACUCACCCAUUUACCCAAACCCAAUCGACCACUAAGACUUAUUCCCAAUUUCUACUUAACCACCUUGCCCCUUAGCCUUUACGUUUUUUUCCAGUCCUUUUUUUAAGAAGGUAAGUUUUUAUUUUACCAAUGACGUAAUGAUUCACUCUUUAAAUAUUUAGUCUAAUUUUAUUGUAUCAAUGAUGAAUAGUGAAGGUUUCAUUGUCCAGGUGAACUUCCCAAAAUAAAGUAUGCACAAAAAAAAAGUAUUGUUUGUGUAAAGCAAGGGUGGAACCUACAGCCAACAUGCCCCUAGAAUCCAGGUGAAAUAUUAAUUCUUUCCCACAAGACACUUUGGGAACUGGAUUAAUAUUUUUGAAAAUUUAAAAAUUGUAAAUGAUAAUCUGUUACAUAGUAGAGACUGGAUUCAAGCCCUGCAAAUGAAAUAUUAAGAAUAGGAUAUGUGACAACUUGAAAAACAACCCAAGACAAUAAAGGAAAUUAUCGGCUGAAUGCCUUCCUCUGCCAACACAAAAAUAAAGAACACAACAAAAUCAAACCAAAAGAACUUAGCUUUCUGUCAAGUUGAUUAGAAGCUAAGAAAAUCAUUCAGUACAUCAAAAAAUCAAUUAAUAUAACUCGUGUAACUUUUACCUCAUAUUCUUUAAUAGACUUUAUUCAUAAUAGUUUCAGGCAUCUUUAUCAUCAUCUAUCAGAAGUCUGAAAAAUGUUCAAAACACUGAUGAUACAACUUCUGCAAUUGAUAAUUCAUUACCAGGUAAGAAUAAAAUUACAGAUACUUUUCCUACAGAGUAAUUUCACAAUAAUUUUUUUUUUAAUCAACAGAAAUAAUAAAAACUAAAUUUAUAAAUAACUCAUCAGGAUCCAGUGCAUCACUGUCACAAGUCACAAAACAACCAUUGAUGACUUCAAGGGAUUUGAAAUUCCCAGUUCACCACACAUACCCUCGUUUAGCCUGGUUGGAUUCAUUGGCUUCGUUAGAAGGUACAAAGCUUGGAAUGAUUGACCUCCACCCAGAUGUGUUUGGUACUUAUCCAAGGUAACAGAUUUACAGGGGUUUUUUUUCUAAAUAAAUUUAUGGUAAAUCUUAAUUCAUCUAAUCAUGAUACAGAUUAUAAAUUAUUAAGAAUAUUAUGUAUAUGGGAAUGCUUAAGAGAAUUUCAUUAUUUUUUUUAGAGGUGUUUCAUUUUUUUUUUUUUAGAAUAGCUUUUUAUUUUGGUCUUUUUAUCCCUUUUAAUAUCCAGAAUAGAUAUGCUUCAUAAAAACAUCCACUGGCAAAAGUUAUAUAGACACAUUGUAAGUAAUUGCUUUAUAUUUUGAAACAUAUUAACAAGGAUGAAUGUGCUGGUUAUGCUACUUGUGUAUUUUUGCUGAAACAAUAGUUACAUAAAAAUAAAUAAUUCAUAUGGAACAUUUUGAUGGGCCAGACAUAAAAACCUUGUGUGUUGGUAAGCAGAUAUCCUUGCAAAGAUUUUAAACUACAGCCUUCACUUUCUUAACAAUCAUUGAUUUAUUUUUAAUUCAAUUUUCAUUAGCUAAAAUAUCUAUGUUGGGAAUAAUUAAAUACAAAUUUACUAGUAUAUUUUUUAUAAAUAAAAAUGAAAGGGGAUAAUAAAAAUGUUUAUUAAAUGGGUUUAUUGCUAAGAGUUUGAAUAUUUAGGAAUCUAAAUCAUUAGAUAAUAAAAUCUCUGUGGAACAAAUUUUUAUAACUAUGAAUAGGACUAUUCGUUUGAGCCUAGCCGUGCAGAAUUACCAGGAGGAGGCAGAAAACCUUGGCCACAAAAGGGACUUGGCAAGGCUCGUCAUGGAAGCAUCAGGUCACCAUUGUGGCUAAGUGGUAAAAGAAAGAAUUUUUUUCUUAAACUUUUGAUAAAUAUAUGUCUGGGUUUGGUCAACAGUUAUGGGUAAUUGACGAGGUGAAGUGGACUCAUUUGUCAGUUCAGCUAUGCUUGGGGAGAAGGUUAGCCCUAUAUAAAAAGAACAAUCACUGAAGUCAUAAGGCAGCAGUCAAUUUGGUGGAUGGUCAAAAUCUUCUGUCUACACAAAAAUAGCUGCAGUUGUCUCAAGAAAUCCGGGACAUUUAUUUUUUUUAAUAUAAUUUUUUUUAAUAAAGAAUAAAAUGGCUGUAUGAAAUAUGUAAACUUAGACACAAAUUACUAAAGCUUGAUUUUAUCUUUUUCAGGAUCCAAAGCCCAUGGCCCUAGAGGUCCUAAAAGUUAUUUCUAUAUGCUUCCUAGGCCCCAAAGAGCUAUGGGUCUGAGGGUAGCACUCACGUGUAAAUAUGGCCAGGUAACGAUUAGUUCUUAGUAAUAACCUCUACUUAUAUAUAAUGCAAUUGUCAAAUUCAAUGAGCCGAUUUGAACAAAAUUGAAAUCUAUAUUUUAGCAAUAUUUUUUAAAAUUAUAGUCUUUGGAACUAAUUAGAAAUUGUAGAUUUGACAAAUUUUUAGGUGACAGGGGGCUUUGAUUCUUUGGAUUGCUGUCAGAUACCUGGACGUAACCAAUUUAUGUCUUCACAAUUCAACUGUUAUAUUUUCAAAUAAAGUGUUAAAUAUAAAAUUAAUGACAGCUAUUGAAGAAAGAAUAAACACAUUAGAACAAAUGAGACUAAGACUAAGCAAUCUGUGUUAGUUACCAAAAAUAGCAGGGGAAAUUUUCUAAAAUAUAAUAUAUGAAAUCUUUGCUUUGCUUACCUGAUUCUGUUAAAAAAUGUAUCUUAUUAAUGCCCCCAGAAUGAUCUUGUCAUAGUUGACAACUUUGACUUACCUACUGCAGAUCCAGAGGUGAUAUCUUCUUAAAAAUAGUAUAAAUUAAGAUUAAAUAAUACCUUCACAUUAUUCACUUAAGGAUGCAUGCGGGAAUGAGAGUCAGCAAUAAAUGUGUCUGGUCAGUUACUACAUCACUCCACACUAUCAUAGGGACCAUCCAUAUUUAUUACACUGAGGUGGUGGUUGGGGGACAAUUAGAUAUGAUUGCCCAUUUAAAAGUUAUGACAGCCAUUAUUGAUGCCAUAGUUGUAACCAUUUACUAUAAAAUAAUUUUAAAAAUCCAAAACACAUUGGCUGAUCAUCAUUAUAACUUUCCUACUAAUAUUGAUAGAAAUUUUUCUUUGGUCUAGAGCCAAACAAUACUUCACUUUCACCCAUUUUUUAAAUUGUUAGUAUUAGAUGUUUUCUUUAUCAUCCAUUAGUUAAAGAUUGGUAUGUUCUGCAUAAAUUUGGUUAUUGAUCUUAAAACUGGUGCACAUCUCCACAUUUUUAAGUGAUAUAUUUUAAAAUAAAAAACUUGUUUCAUUAAAUGUCAAGGAUAUCUUGAAAUUAUUGUUCUGAGCAUUAAUUUUUAAAUGUUUUGUUAACACAAAACAUUACAGUCCUAUAUAGAAAUAUAUUGCUUGAAAUAAAAAAAUUAAUACUUCAAAGUUUAAAGGUUGUUUUUUUUCUAAUAUUUAAUCAUUUAGAUGCAACAACAAUUGAUAUGAUUUGCAUAUGCAAUAUAUAUGGAUGGCAUGUUAUGAUAUAAAGCUUGUGGAAAGAAAUGUAACGACUACUUGGGCUGUGAUUUGUUUUUUCUUUUCAUACAUUUAUUUAAAGUAAUUUCUUGUGAGGCUUUUUUGAUUUUGUCUUCUUGAAUACUGUCCACUAUAGAAAAUAUAUAUAUUUUUUUUUAAAGACAUGCAAAGGCUUAGUUAGAGUUUCAUUCUGACUCAUUUUACUUGGCGUUAAAAAUAAUGUUCACAUUCUUUAAGGAAUAUAGUUACUUCAAAUGUCAUUUUUCUUAAGUGUCUCAAAAUAUUUGUUUACAGUAUCUCUAUGAAAUGGCUGAUGUAAGAUUUUGGGGUUACUCUGUGCUGUUUGUUGAUGAGUAAGUACUGGGGAAUUUCAAUCAAGUCAAGGCUUUAUUUUAGUUCGUAAGGCAUUAAUCUUACCUUAUACGAUAAAUAUAACAGAACUGAUAUUAGACUGAUAUAUGACUAAUUAAAAUUGGCCUAACAUUCAGGCAAUUAUCCUAGUUACAGACUCCCAUGGGUACUGAUACCAUUUAGUGUUCAUAAUAUAUUUUAUUCUUUUACUUAAGCACUGAUGUAAUGCCAGAGAAAAUAACAGAAGCUGUGAGCCAAAUACGUGGAUUUAACCUUAUGCCUGCCUAUGGUAUGUAAGGGACAGAUGUAAAUAAAUCUAAUAUUAUGCCUACCAUUAUGACUAUUGGUUUGUAUUGAACAAGAUGUAAAAAAAAAGUGUCACCAAAAACUGAAAUUUAGAAAUAACUAAGCCAAGACAGGUAAUCAACCGAGUUGCAUAAUAUAGUGGUUUAUAUCAUUUACCAAAUCAUCCAAAUGCAUUUCAAAGUUUCCAGAUAUUGAAAUUCACUGGCAUAUUUUGAAAUAAUACAUUUUAUUUUGUUUGUUACAGGAUUGAAUGUUUACUCAAUGUUGAAGCAUGACACGCUUGUACUUACAUUAGCAGCAGUUGAAAAAAUUGAAGGCAAAUUACUAGAUGAGCUCCAUUCUACCAGAGUUGAAACAAAAUUUGUCAACAGACUACGGCCAGAAGAUUUUAGAACAAAGCCGAAAGAAGACAGCACUUUGAGAAAACCAUUUACUAAACCUUUAAUGUUUUGAACUGUUUUUGUAUAAUUAUGUAUUGAUCUGUAAAAUAGCAAAGGACAAAAUUGGCAAGUGACUUUGUUUUAUUACAGUUAAUAAAAAUAUUUUAUCUACAUUUACAGUCUUAAAAUUAUUUUUAAAAAUAUUAAUACAAACAUCAAUUACACUUGCCAGCAGGAUCUAAAAAAUAUAAGACAUAACAAAAAACCCACCAAAAGGGUGACUUUAGCAAUAAUUUGUAUGUAGAGCAUUCCA